AUGACUUUUAAUAACUAGAAAAUAGUCUAAAGAUUUGUGAACUAUACUAUUGAGUUUCUAGGUUCAACUUAUGGUAAAAAUAUAACUGUUCUCAGAUUUAGUAAUAAUAGCACAGAUAAUUUAAAUAUAUUGGUCAGCUUAUUCCCUAUUUAGACUACUGCAAAACUGAUCAAUACUUAUGGAUUAUAAAAGUUAAUUCAAUCAGCUUGUAAGGUUGAUUAUUAUUAUGGUGACAUGUCAAGCAAAUAUUAUCCAGUUGGAGUUAAAUUUAGAUUGAGGUAUCGUGUAUAUGCUGAUAAUCAACCUUUAGAAGUAAGCUUUAGCACUUAAAAUGUGGCAAAAAGCACUGAUGUUUACUUACUAUCCAUUAAAAAUAAAGAAUAAGUUUUAUACUCAGAGGUGAUCUAUCUUCCUUAAAAUAAAUGGACAGAGAAAGUAAUUUUGUCGUCUUAAUAUCUGAAUCCAAAUGGAGGUAUCUUGACAUUAAAUCUGCAUAGAAUAAAAUAAGAUUACUUUAACUUUGAUACAGCCAUUGCCUCAGCUAAGUUACCAAUUUGUGACUACAAUAUCAUUUAGACUAUGAUUAAAAAUGGAACUUUGCCAAAAAGUAUUUUAAGCAACUUCAAGGUAUUUCAUUAGCAUUUCAAGAAUAAUACUUAAACACCUAGCUCCUAAUCAAAAGGAAAAUAUUAACCUUUCUAAUACUAAUAAUCAGAUGUAAACUAGACUUUGCUAAUUACACUAGGAGAUAAUAGUUAAUGCAUUCACAUUACUUUGAACAGUCUAGUCUAAUUUACUGAAUUCAUCGGAGCUAUCUCUUUCUUUAAAAAAGCCUAAACAAAUACUACUAGAGCUGAGAUAAAGUAGAUGAGAGAUAGUUAUGUUCCUGGUGAAUUAUUUAAUGCUACUAUUAAAUCCAAUGUAAGUGGAAGCUAUUCAAUUAUUGUUACUGAGGACAAUCCAAAUGAAAACAUAAUUGAGCCUAACCUUUCUUAUCAAGCUUAUUUUAAGAAUGAUAUUGAUGAAAAUUCUAUUGACUUUUUGAACCCUUAAAAUAUAGCAAUUUAACCCUUUGGAGAGAUUAAUUCCGGAGAUAAUACUACUUUUAUAGAAUAGAUUAUUGCGAUAUAAGCUUGGAGAUAACUGGUGUUUGAACCUUCAAUAAUUCAGGCUAUGUAAAUUGGAAUUAUGAACAUGCAGUAAAACUUAUAAUUUUUCCAACUGAAUAUGCUGGCCAUUAGCAAAAUUUACGGAUUCAACUUUUUUAAAGAUUUAUCCUUUAAUGAUCAGCUAAAAAUUUAAAGAUAGUUUGAAACAGUUCCAAAGAUCAGGAACAUUCCAACAACUUUCUAUAAACAAAGAUAAAAUUAUACCUUGAAAUAUUAUGGAAAUAAUACAUUCUCGUAGCAGCCAUAUUCCCACAAUACUUUGGCUUUAUUAGGAUAAAAUGUAUCUACUGAUAGAACUGAUAUUCUUUAUUAUGGAUAUAAUAUGGCUUUUAAUACAAUUAAUUCUUCAAAUUUCAAGUUUUACCUUAAUAAUUAUCAGUUUGGAUUGAAAAUGACUAUAAAUUACUAUGGGCCAUAUGGAUUUUCUACAUAGACUAAAACGAUAAAAAUAAAAAAUCCCUUAAAUAUUUCAAAUCCAAUUCCAUAUGCAAUGGUUUUAGGAGAUACCUAUAUUGUAACUGUGAACUUAGCGAAUUAUUAGAAUUAAAAUUAUACGACUGUCCCAUAUGUAGCUUAUUAAGAUGAUUCCCUGAAUUGUACACUUCCUAAUAUUACUAAAACUAUAAAUAAUAUUAAGACUUAUUCAACAUCUUUCAUAGUUUUAGCAAGCAAGAACACUUCAUAUUAGUAUAUUGUUUAGGCCAAUAGAAUUUCUAAACAAUCCAAGCAUAUCAUGUCAUUUGUGGUAACUUAAAAUCAAUCUUUUGAAUAGUACGAAGUUUCUAAUGAGUAAUCGAUUAAAAUACUUCCUAUUGGAACAAGAAAAUUUAUAGAUUCAGCUGGGAUCAUUUAACUUAACUAAAGUUUGUAAAUUUAAGAUGUUAUUCAGUUUACUAUCUUAAUAGCAGAUAUAACCUAGUUUAAUACUACGUUCGUUGAAAUAGUUAUUCUUCCCUCAUAUGAAGCUUAUCUAAAACAGACAUUAUCUAACCUUGCCAAGAAAUAAAUUGAAACAGCUGAUGACAUAGUUGUUUAGCUUGAACUGCUAAAUCAUUUGAUAGAUAUUCAUAAUAAAAGCUUAUCUAAUUCCAAUAAUAUUGCAUAAAAUAUAGGUAUUAUCACUGAAUCAAUAUCUAAGGCUAAAUAACUUUACAAUUAGCUAAAUUAAUUCACUCCUAAUUCUAGCUCCUACGGCUAAGUUUAUGGUUAUGAUUAUCUAGGAAACAAAACUGAAAUAAAUAUUCCUUUAUCAGCUAUAACAAUAAAUGUUCUGAAAUAACUCACCUUCCUUGAAGACUAUUAAAGCAGUAUAUACAAAUAUUCUUCGGUUUUUGGGAUUAUUUAAAACACUAGAGAUAAAAAUGGAAACUAUAACCUAGGUUCCUCAAAUUCAGCAAAUUCAGCACCUUAAAAUACCUCUAACGCUUUUAUCUUAUACUCAAUUAAGGAAGUAGAGAAAGUACAUCCUAAUCAAAUGCUGAAUAUCUCUAAUGAACUCUAAAUCUUAAUAAAAGCCGUAAACAAAACAUGUAAUCUAAGUGCAAAAUUUGAAGAUCUCAAAUCUGACCCUAUUUAAUUAUCUCUUACAUUUCUUACUGCCUUCAAUUAUUCUGACAUCAAAGUUAUGUAGCUUUAAAAUUUGAUUGAUUUGAUAUUCAUGCAAUUAUUAAAACAUUAAAAAGACUCAGGAGAAUUUGAUUCACCUGUAAACUAGCAGCAAUUUUAGUAUUCUAUCCUAAAUGGCUAAGGUGAUUGUAGGGUAAUUGAAGCUACAGCUUUGAGUGUAAUAGCAAUGAUUUACAAAAAUAAAUCUCACUAUGCUUAAAACAUAACUUCAGCCAUUAAUUAUCUAUUAAAAAAGAGCAAUCAAGGGACUUUUGGCGGAAAUCUUGGAACCAUUUUAACUUUUAGAGCUCUUAAAUUAUUCGCUUAUAAUCAUUCUUCUCUAGGAUAAGAUGUAUAAUUCAUACUUUAGGGCACAGGAGUAAAAACUAAGCAAGCAAAAUUUAAAUCUUAUUUAGAGCCAAUCAAGUUUACAUUAAACAGCUUCGAUUUUAACUCUACAUUGAAAAUUGUGCUAAUAACAGUAUCUAUGAAUGGUACUGGACUCUUAAAGAAGGAUUUGGGACUUGCUUACUAUACGUCGUAUUCCAGUAUUGAUAAUAAAUUUGAGGGGUACAAUUAAACAAAUGCACAACUUAAAUUUUCUAUUAUUGCUCCUGCCUCAAGCAAUUUAUCAACCAUUAAGGAAGGAUCCACUGUUACCUAUUAGGUAAAUUUACAAAAUCUUAAUAGAAUCAAGAGUUAAAGCAUUAUUAAAGUAACAUUUCCAUUUCCUAUUUGCUUGAAUUUGAAGAACGAUUCACUAAGCACAUUAAAAACUACUUAGGGAACCUACAAGAUAAAUUAUGAAGAAUCAGAAAUUUAUCUUUUUAUAAGAGGAUUAAAGCCUUAAGAAAUAUUCUAAUUAUCCAUCCCCUUUAUAAUGAAAGGUGGUUAUAUUUAUUGCUAGAAAAGAGUAUCUUAUGCUUAAGCAUUGAAUAAUGGAUAGAUUGUUUCUUCAAGAGACUUUAUCUUUUGA